AUGUCUAAUAAAAUUGUUGCGUCGGGUGGUGGUUGUAGAACUGCUACUGCUACCACCGGUGGUACGGAACGUCUUCGAAAGACUAAAAGUGGUGGUGUUGCCACAAAACUGCCACAUCAAGUAUUACGACGUAAUGAACGUGAACGUAAACGUGUCCAACAGGUUAACUUAGGCUUCAUUAACCUACGCGAUCGCGUGCCUCAAUCUUCUUCCAGCAAAAAGCUUAGCAAAGUUGAGACGCUUCGUGAAGCUGCUCGAUAUAUUCGCCAUCUGCAGGAUCUUUUGCGAAUGUCAUGCGAUAAACCGUUUGAGCCUAUGCAAUCGGAACCGGAAGUACCCAGCAACUAUCAGACUCCAAGUACCUCUCAAGAAAACUACUACCUACCAACUUCUUUGCCCACUGAUUGUUCCUCGUAUCAACCGGGACCUGUUUACGAACAGCAGUAUUAUUUGCCAUACACAUCUACUCCGUACUGUAGUUCAACAUAUAAUGCAGGAUUCCCGGUGAUAAAAUCUGAAGAUCCAUCACCUGACAGCUCUUGUACGUCCGAUGUUUCUGUGGAAGAUUAUAGGUUUCAACAAAAAAGCUACGCCUUGUAG